AUGCCAGUUGGUAAACCAGUCAAUACCCUCAAGGGUUCCUGGAAGCGUCUCUUGAACGAUGAGCGUUUGCGCCGCUCUUCUCAAGUACUUUCAGUUGUCGAUUCAAACGUCUGCAUCUUUGGUGGUGAAGUCAAGCCUCGGGAGCCCAUAGACGACAAGGUCGAUGUGGUUCCCCUCAAGUCCAAUGCAACAAACCUGGAAACAAAAUCGGCUUCCUCAGCACCCAGCCCAAGAGUAGGAAGUGCAUCUGCCGUUCUCAAUGGCAAAAUGCACUUAUUUUCUGGACGCGGCGGUAUCGACAUGGCACCCAUAGAGGAACAAGGCGCAGUGUGGUGCUACGACCCCACAAGCUCAUCAUGGACAAAGAUCACCCCAGCUGAUUCAUCAGCGCCCUUUCCACCAGCACGUAGCUAUCAUUGCUCUACUAGUGACGGCAAGGAGACUUUCUUCCUCCAUGCCGGAUGUCCUGAAAAAGGACGCCUAUCCGACUUAUGGAUGUUCAACAUCAAUAACCGUACAUGGACACAGGCACCAGAUGCUCCAGGCUCCCAGCGUGGAGGCGCUUCAAUUGCCUACCAUGAUGGCAAGCUCUACCGAAUGAAUGGCUUCGACGGUACGACUGAACAAGGUGGCAGCGUUGACGUAUUCGACACUGCCAACAGCACAUGGUCCACCGAUACUUUUGAAGCUGAUGGCUACAACGGACCUCAGGCCCGCAGUGUCUGUGUUCUAUUACCAGUUCGACUCGCUCACAAAGACAAGCUUCUCACGCUCUUUGGCGAACACGACCCUUCGUCACUAGGCCAUGCUGGAGCAGGCAAGAUGCUAAGCGAUGUCUGGAUCUACGAUAUCACUGAGAAAUGGUGGACACAGCUUCAGCCUGAAGGCAGUGACGGUGUGCCUGAACCUCGUGGAUGGUUUGAUGCUGAUGUUGUCAAGGCUGAGAGUGGUAAUGAUAGCAUUGUCAUUCAUGGUGGACUGGGUGAGAACAAUGAACGACUCACUGAUCUGUGGCAACUUGUAUUUUAA